AUGAAAGGCGGGAAGAUCAUGACUGUGGUGGCGGUGGUGCUGGUGGCGAUGGCGGUGGCUGCCGCCGGAGACACGGUGCAAGACGACUGCGCCAAGGAGUUCCCGAAGGUGACGACAUGCCUGACGUUUGCGACGGGGAAGGCGGACACGCCGACCAAGGAAUGUUGCGGGUCGGUAUCCGACUUGAAGCAGCGGAAGCCGGUGUGUUUGUGCUACAUCAUCCAGCAGAUCCACGACGGCACUAAUCCCCAGAUCAAGAGCAUGGGGAUCCAGGAGGGGCGUUUGCUUCAGUUGCCUUCUGCCUGCAAGUUGACCAACGCCAGCUCCGCCGAGUGCCCUAGUAACGUACAAGAGAGGAUAACGUAA